CCCCCAACCAGCAGGAAACAAUGUCAGCGAGCAACUUUGUCGUUAGCAGGACGAGAUCAACUGAGAAUGUGUCUACUUCUACUGGCGACGUGGGCGGGAGUGGCUGCUCAAUUGACGACUUAUCAGACGAGACCCUGCUUAAAGUAUUUGGUUAUUGCGACCCCUACGCAAUCACUCGCUUCACAAUAGUCAACCGGCGCUGGAAUGGACUAGGAAAUUCAUUGCUGGAAACGGACUGGACAGAAUUUUCCGAUGACGCUGACGCUCUACGCGGCCUCACCAACGAUGAACUGAACCAGCUGAUCCACAGGAUUGCUCCGAUUAGGAACCUACUUAAAAGGGCCAUUUUUACCCUUCAGUCGCCUCGAGAAGCUGAAUUCGGCUCAGAGUCGUUCUCCGACCAAGAGAUUGUCAUUCAGAUCAUCAGCGCCUGCCAAUCAACUCUCCGAGCUCUGCUACUCCAAUAUAUUGAGGACCUGACAGAAGACUUUGCCAGACGUCUGGCGCCUUACUUGAGAAAUUUGCGUGAACUCUAUCUGAAUUACGAGAUUCAUGGAUCAAAUAAUAGCAUCGAUGCUAGUGUCCUCCUUGUUCAAGCGCCAAAGGAACUGCACGAUCUGGCAUUGCCGCUAGGAUUUGACGCGGAAGAUCGUCGACCAACACGCGAGGUGCUUUGUUGGCACUCGGAGACGCUUAGAUCUCUUGACCUGAGUGGUUGCCGGUUUGAUUUUGAUGAUUUACUUGAGAGCCUUGGAAUACCAAUUUCGACCAAAAAAAGAAAACUGUCGCCACUGAAAUUGGAAGAACUGAAUCUGCCAAAGCACAUAUGGAUGUAUAAUGCAACCAAAAUGCGCAGACUAGGAAGUCGUCUGACAAACCUGACGUAUUUAGACCUGACGCAUCUAGCUUACGGUGGUCGAGGGUCACCGUCCCUUUCGAACAUCUUCCGGUCGACCCCGAAACUUAGAACGAUCAUUGCUGAUAGCACGAGUGCGAUCACCGACGAGGUCCUGCUGUGUCUCCCGAGUGCGUGCAGAGGUUUGAGAAAACUACAUCUCCGUGGCAACACCGAGGUGACUGAGUCGGCACUCUGUCAGUUCAUCAGAUCGGCGCCGGACAGUCUUGAUGACUUGGGCCUAGCGAUUGUAGGCUGCGUCACGGACUCGGUCGUGCUUGAGUUACUCAAUAGGUCUAGGAAACAGUCAUGGCAGGCGUUUAAAAGUAAUCCCAAGAAUUUCGUGUCUCGGUGCAAUUUCGUGUUCAGUGUGGUCUACUGUGAAGACGUCACUUAUGCAUCCUUCGUGUUCUUUGUCUUACGAAUGUUUGAAUACUAUUUGGUGCGGCCGGGAGAAAUUUGCCCACAGCCGCUGUCGUCGCUGCGAUGGACCAGGGAGAUCUCAGGGUUUCUGUCGACGGAUGUUCAGGAUGCAGAUCAGCUCACGAGUGUAGUGGAGUCGUGCUACCCCUUUAUGAUGUCGUCUUUCUACGAGUGCUUCCUACAUUCCGACCCUGAGUAUAAUAAAGCCACGCGAAGAAGUCUACUGGGCGAAAUGAGGAAAGCUUUGAUUGGCGAUGCAGGUUCGAGGCCGCGCCGGCCUCGUCUUCCACCAAAGGAGAAGAUGCAGUCGUUGUUCAAGAAGUACUUGGAGGACCUCGUGACAUUUAAGGAAGCGCGAUUUGCUAUCUGUAGUCUUAGGACAGCUAUGGAGACGGCCUUUGGACGCGAGGAGGUAGAGGAGGUGUUGAACGGGCUUGGUAUCAAGUUGCUGGCGUAUGAGGAGAACCAGGAGGACUAUGACCUUGAAGCAGAGACCGGUGAUCUACUUGAAGUAUAA